AUAUCGGUGAUAAAAGAUAAAUUUUAUGGCGCAGUAAAAAACCUCCACAGCCUGAGGAGAUUGUGGACUUAGAAUAAUUUUUGAAAUUUUGAGGCGCAGUAAAAAUUAAUAGUAGAAUAUGGCGUAGUAAAUAUAUAAAAUUGAAAUUUAAAGAUUGAAAGAAGCAAUCUAUUUAAAGAUGAAAGAAUGUUUAGAAGAUUGAAAAUAGAAACAUAGAAGAUUGAAAAUAGAAACGAUAAGAGUGAAGUAUAAAUAUAUAAAAGGAGGUGAGAUUUUAGUUAAGAUUCUGGAUGAACGAUUACGACGAUGGAAUGGUAUGAAACUUGGAGGGUUGAUUACGAGAACCACAAAUUAAGACAUGACGAAAAUAUCGGAAAUGUAGAUAUAGACGAAUUAAGAGGAGAAAAUAUAACAUGUGAAAUAUGUUAUCCAAUGAGAGAUACACCAGAAGUUUUUAAGAAAUUUUGGAGAAUAUUACAAAAAUUUGAAUAUACGAUAAAAGGUUAUAACGCAGAAACUAUAAGAGCGUUAUUAAAUUUAUUAAGUAUAGAUAGUGAAGAAAGAAAUAAUUAUACAAAAGGAAGGACUAGAGAUGCAUUAGAUGUAAUGGUCGAAUCAAUAAGAUACUUGAAACAACCAAUAUUGAGAGAGAAAGGAUUAAAGAUAAUAAUAAUAGUGAUUGUGAGAGACUGUAUAGAAAAUGACAAAGAAGAUGAAACAAUGGACAGAUUGAUAGGGAAUGAAGAAUUAAUAAGAUACGGCUAUAUUUUGGAAGAUUGGGAUGUAAAUAUAAGAUUUAGGGAAUUUUAUGAAUGGCAUAAAGUGGCUAUAUCAGAUUUUAUAGAAUGGAAAGAUAGUGUUAUUAGAAAAUACAAAAAUAUAUUGUAUGAGGAAGCAGAAUUAGAAGAUGAGUCAAUAGAAAAAAUAGAGGCGUUCAAACAAAAGAUUAGAUCGAUGUUGAACACAAUGUACGUAAAAGGUCGUGGUGGAGGAAUUGUGAAAGAAGUAAUUGAAAAAGUUUAUGAUAAGAUUAGGGGGUUUGAACAAUUAAAUAUAGAUGAAACAGAUAGUGAUGACACACCAAGAAGCUAUACUAUAACAGAAACAGAUGAUGGGGAAGAAGAAAAUUUACCGAUUAGUAGAAAUGAAGAAAUGUCGGAUGAGGAAUCUAAUGAAUCUAAUAAUGUUAAAGAAACAGAAACGACAAAGAUAUUCGAAGAAAUAAUUAGAAUGGAUUUGAAAAGAAUGGGAUAUGAUGUAGAAAUAACAGAAAUUGAAAGAAUAAGAAAAUUUGGAGUAACCGCAAAGAUAAUAACAACAUAUGAAUUUAUGAAGAAAUAUUUAACAAUAUGGAAUCUUGAAGAUGAAGAAUUAGAUGAACAAAUAUUACAAUGGAGAGUUGAAAAUACAAAAGAAUGCGAAAGAUGUGAAAUUGAAAGAUUAAAGAAAGAAUUUAAAAUUGGAGAAGAAAUUUGCAUAGAAUGCGAGAAAGAUGUUGGAAAAGAAAAUCCAACAGAUGACGAAGAGGAAAUGGAAGAGGAUAUAAAAGGACCCGAAAUUGGCUCAAGUAAAAAACCAAAAAGUAAAGAGAAAAAUAAAAAAUCAAAGGAAGUACCUAUAAUACCAAUAACACCAGUACCACCAAUAAAACCAAAGAUAACAAUGGCAGCAUCAAGAGAUGAACUCAGAGCAGAUCUAAGAGCAUUAAUGAAUACUAU